UGUUGGUAAUAAUAAAAUAAAAUAUAAUGAAAAAGAACCCCCCCAUAUGCAGCAUUACCAUCUCUAGAAUUAAACAAUGGCAAUUACAAAAAUAAUAGUAAAAGAAGGUUGUAUUGGAUCCAGAUCUUCUGCUUUUCUUCUAUAAACAAAACAUGGGGUUCUCCCCUCAACAAUCCCAAAACAAACCAUCUCUUCUUCUCUCUCUAUUCAGCAGCAGCAGCAAUGCCUGCAAACCCAAACAACCCUUUUCUUCCUCCCCCUCCUAAUAUUGUCAUCUACUUCACUCUAAUUCUAUUCAUUAACUCUUUGUUUUUCCUAAGCUGUUUAUCUAUUGAUGAGCAAGGUCAAGCUCUUUUGACAUGGAAAAACAGUCUAAACAGUUCAACCGAUGCAUUGAAAACAUGGAAUCCAGUUGACUCAAAUCCAUGCAAAUGGUUUGGGAUCACUUGCAAUUCGAAAAACCAAGUUACUCAAAUAACCUUGAAGUCAUUGGAUAUACAAGGCCAGCUUCCUUCAAAUUUCCAAUCUUUGAAGUCCUUGAAGACUCUUGUACUGUCAUCUACUAAUCUCACCGGUCCGGUUCCGAAAGAAUUCGGAGACUAUCAGGAAUUAAGUUUUAUAGAUCUCAGUACAAAUGCUAUCUCUGGUGAAAUUCCAAAUGAGAUUUGCAAGUUACAGAAGUUAGAGAGUCUUGCACUCAAUUCAAAUUCACUCGAAGGUGCAAUUCCUACAGAUAUUGGAAAUCUUUCCAGUCUUGUUUAUUUGACUGUCUUCGAUAAUCAACUCAGCGGUGAAAUACCAAAGAGUAUCGGAAAGUUAAGCAAACUAGAAAUCUUUCGAGCUGGUGGGAAUCAAAAUUUGAAAGGUGAACUUCCUUGGGAGAUUGGUAACUGCAGCAGUUUAAUCAUUUUGGGACUUGCAGAAACUAGUAUCUCUGGAAGUCUUCCUUCUUCUAUUGGUUCCUUGACAAGGGUACAAACUAUCGCCAUUUAUACUUCUCUUUUAUCAGGUCCUAUCCCAGAUGAGAUUGGGAACUGCAUUGAGUUGCAGAACUUGUACUUAUAUCAGAAUUCAAUCACGGGUUCCAUUCCAAAGCGUCUGGGAGAGCUAAAGAAACUUGAAAGUCUGCUAUUAUGGCAGAACAGCUUGGUUGGUACUAUUCCAUAUGAGCUCGGAAGCUGUACAGAACUAACAGUUAUUGAUCUUUCCGAGAAUCUGUUCACAGGAAGUAUACCAAGAAGCUUCGGAAACCUCGUAAAGCUUCAAGAACUUCAGCUAAGUAUCAACCAGUUGUCAGGUACUAUACCAACUGAAAUUACAAACUGUACAGCUCUAACCCAUCUUGAAGUCGACAACAAUGAUAUAUCCGGUGAGAUUCCAGUUGGUAUUGGAAAUCUCAAGAGCUUGACUUUGUUUUUUGCUUGGCAAAAUAGACUAUCAGGGAGUAUCCCGGAAAGUCUUGCUCAAUGUUCAAAUAUUCAGGCUCUUGAUUUCUCGUACAAUAACUUGUUUGGUUCAAUACCGAAGCAGAUCUUUGGGUUGACUAAUUUAACUAAGUUGCUUCUUCUGGGGAAUGAUUUAUCGGGUUUUAUACCUCCUGAAGUUGGUAGCUGCACAAAUUUGUACCGAUUCCGAUUGAACAAGAACAGGCUUGCAGGGACAAUUCCAAGUGAGAUUGGGAAUUUGAAGACUUUAAAUUUCCUCGACUUGAGUGAGAAUAAGUUCGUUGGGGAGCUUCCACCGUCAAUCUCCGGAUGUGACAAUCUUCAGUUUCUUGAUCUUCAUUCGAAUGGCUUAACUGGUUCUCUUCCAGAAUCACUGCCGAAAAGUUUACAGCUCAUUGACAUUUCAGAUAACAGGCUUGCUGGACCAUUGACUUCUAGUGUUGGAUCAUUAGUCGAGUUGACUAAACUUAAUCUGUCGAGGAAUCGAAUCUCAGGUAAAAUUCCAUCAGAGCUAGUUUCUUGCAGUAAAUUACAGUUACUAGAUCUUGGUGACAAUGCGUUCUCCGGCGAUAUACCAAUGGAGUUGGGUCAGAUUCCAGCGCUCGAGAUUUCUCUCAAUCUCAGCUGUAACCAACUUUCUGGUUCAAUUCCGACACAAUUUUCCAGCCUUGAAAAGCUGGGCAUUCUUGAUAUCUCUCACAAUCAUCUGAAUGGCAAUGUACACAUGCUAGCUAGUCUACAAAAUCUAGUCGCCUUAAACAUCUCAUUCAAUGAUUUCUCCGGCCAAUUGCCGAACACUCCAUUCUUCAAGAAGCUUCCGCUGAGUGAUCUCACCGGCAACCGUGCACUUUACAUCUCCGGAAAUGGUCCAGCAGUUAAUAUGGGUCCUACUCGACGUUCCAAGACAGCAUUGAAGUUUGCCAUGGCUAUACUCAUCAGUGUCAGUAUAGUUUUAGUACUACUUGCAGUCUACAUGUUGGUUCGUGCACGAGUUGGGCACAAUGCCAUGGCAGCCGAUGAUGGCAAUUGGGAGAUGACUCUUUAUCAGAAGCUUGACUUCUCUAUUGAUGACAUCGUUCGAAAUCUAACAUCAUCGAACGUGAUAGGAACAGGAAGCUCGGGUGUAGUUUACAGAGUGCCAAUCCCAAAUGGAGAGACAUUGGCAGUGAAGAAGAUGUGGUCAUCAGAGGAGACAGGGGCGUUUAUGUCUGAAAUACGAACACUAGGAUCUAUUCGUCAUCGAAAUAUUGUUCGAUUACUCGGGUGGUGUUCAAAUAAGAACAUGAAAUUGUUGUUGUAUGAUUACCUUCCAAAUGGGAGUUUAAGUGCACUUCUUCAUGGAGGUGGGAAAGGUGGCGUGGAUUGGGAAGGGAGGUAUGAUGCUGUUUUAGGUGUUGCCCAUGCCUUAGCUUACUUGCACCAUGACUGCUUACCUGCAAUCAUGCACGGAGAUGUCAAGGCCAUGAACGUGUUGAUGGGUCCCAAAUUCGACCCUUAUUUGGCCGAUUUUGGGUUAGCCAGACCUGUGACCUCUAGUUCUAAUUCUGACGCUGAAGAGCCUUCAUCCAAAUUCAGUUCAAAACCUCAGCUCGCUGGAUCAUACGGAUAUAUGGCUCCAGAGCACGCGUCGAUGCAACGGAUAACAGAGAAGAGUGAUGUAUACAGUUAUGGGGUAGUACUGCUAGAGGUUCUCACUGGAAGACAUCCACUAGACCCAACCUUGCCAGGUGGUGCAAACAUGGUUCAAUGGGUCCAUGACCAUAUGCAGAGCAAAAAAGACCCUGUAGACAUUCUGGACGCCAAACUCCAAGGAAGACCUGAUUCUCAAAUACACGAAAUGCUUCAAAUAUUAGCUGUUUCAUUCUUGUGUGUCAGUACAAAAGCUGCUGACCGUCCAAUGAUGAAGGACGUUGUGGCUAUGCUUAAAGAGAUUAAACAUGUAGACGCCGUGAGAUCAGAUAACGAUGACUUAUCAAAGCCUAGUUCGACAACAGCUCUACCGUCAGCAACACCGACUAGGAAUAUGCUCUUGCAAGGAUCAUCAAACUGUUCCUUUGCAUUCUCUGAUGAUUCAAACUAAAAACGAAACGGAAAUGUAGAAGUAGCAUAUUAUGUAAUCUAGCUGUGUAAUAGUGUUAGUAUUAUAAAAAAAAAAAGAGGGAACCAUUAGAAAUAUAGUGCUUGUGAAGAUUAAGCAAGUCAGAGAUGAAGUUGUAAUUUUUCCUCUUGAAAUGGUUUCUGUAAAUUGUAAUAGAAGUUAAUAGUUACUAAUUUUUAUUAAGGUAUCUGAUUAAUUCUUGA